AGCUGGUCGCGGUUGGUGACGAAACUCGCUUCGCCUUUGUCGCGAGUGCGAGUCAGCAGCCGAGCAACAGCAACGCAAAAAGUUCUGCUUCUGUCAAUUUGUUGAUUGCGCUUGUGAUUAGUGGAUCUCGUUUCGGUCGGUCUCGUCGGGAAUUUUAAUAAACGCUGCCGCGGUCAUUUUUGGCGUAGUGAAGGAUACACUCGACGGAUUUAUGGAGUGCACAAACCGCGUAGUGCUGGUGAUGGUGGUGAAGUGAUUAUUCUCGGUGGAGAAAUAUAAUUAUUUUCUAGUGACGCUCAAAGGUGUAGUUCAGGUGAAUCCCGGAAUCUAAUACAUUACUGCUUGGAACGGGCACCUUUACCGAAAAGGUGAAAAGAAACCAGAAUGGUCCUGCUGGCUUCGGUUAGUGCCGUCCUGUCGAUGAUUACAUUGGCACCGAUUCUGUCGUUGAUGUUUUUCAUCAUCUUCUUGGCCUCGAUGGGCAAAUCCUUGGGCGUCCGUCGAAUGUACGUGGAGCUGCUGGUGAAAAUUUUCGAGUAUGGUCGACAGAAUAUUGAACACAUCCGCAAAACACAAUAUGCCAAUCUGAACACAUCGGAAACCGAGGAAAAUCAACCUGCAAAAGUCGAAUCAAGUGAAGAUAGUACCGAUAAGGCAAUCACUAAACCGAAUGGAACUAUUGCGACCAACGGAGACGCAACCAAACCCCUACAGAAUGGAGACAUUCUCAAUGGGGGCAAUUCGGUAAUCAGCCGCGUUGAGUCGUUAAUCCUACUGCCUGACGUUGACGGAGCUCGGAGCAGGAGUCGAGAAUCCAACCAUGAUGACGAAGAUAACGAUUCAUUGGAGUUCAAUCUUACCAAUUGCUUGGAUUACGUUAAAUCCGGCAUGGAAGCGAUCAUCGAAGACGAGGUGACCAGCCGAUUUGAAGCUGAGGAACUGAAAAACUGGAAUCUUCUGACCAGGACGAAUCGACACUACGAGUUUAUAUCGUGGCGACUGACGGUUAUCUGGGUAAUAGGUUUCUUUAUUCGGUACGUCAUUCUGAUGCCUUGCAGAGUAUUCAUAUGCUUCGUCGGGGUCGUGUACUGCGUGAUUGGAUUUGCGUUCGUAGGACUUGUGCCCCGUCGUUCAUUGCGAAGAAAGGCAAACGAUUAUGUUUUCAAGCACACCUUCCGCAUAAUUUGCCGUUCUCUGUCGGCAGUGAUUCGUUUCCACAAUUUAGAGUACAAACCAAAAAAUUGCGGUUUUUGUGUUGCCAACCAUACGACACCAAUUGAUAUUGCGAUUUUGUCAACCGAUCACUCCUACUCCUUGAUUGGUCAAAGGCAUGGUGGAUUCUUGGGAGUUCUGCAGAGGGCACUAGCGAGAGCUUCUCCUCAUAUUUGGUUUGAGCGUGCGGAAGCCAAGGACCGAAUGGCAGUUGCGAAGAGAUUGAAAGAGCACGUGUCCGAUCCUAACAACCCACCAAUCCUUAUCUUUCCUGAGGGAACCUGUAUAAACAACACAUCUGUGAUGCAGUUUAAGAAAGGAAGUUUCGAAGUAGGCGGAGUCAUUUACCCAGUGGCUAUCAAAUACGACGCCCGCUUCGGUGAUGCAUUUUGGAACAGCUCGCGGUAUUCAAUGAUGCAGUAUUUAUACAUGAUGAUGACCUCGUGGGCAAUCGUGUGUGACGUCUGGUAUCUGCCUCCGAUGACGCGCGGCGAAGAUGAGUCAGCCAUAGACUUCGCCAACCGGGUGAAGAGUGUCAUUGCCAAGCAGGGCGGUUUGGUCGACCUGGUGUGGGAUGGCCAGCUCAAGCGAAUGAAACCAAAGAAGGAGUGGAAAGAAAAGCAACAGGAGGAGUUUACAAAACGGCUAAAAGGCGAAUGAUGUUCACCUUCAUCGACAGCUGUUGAUACGAAAUGUGCGACGACAUCGUAAAGAUUGUCCUGGUCUGUUUGAUGCAUGGUACUAGUGUGUGGAUCGUCUGAAAGAAGUGUGCUAAUUGAAGAGAUGUGUGGUAAAAACGAACGUCUUUGGAACCAACAAGGAUCAAAAUGAUGAUGCUCUAGUCUGCGAAAGAAAGACAAUUUACAGAUUAACUGAUAAAAUAACAGCCAAAAUUAUGGGUGAAUACUACUACAGAUAGAUAUAAAUGUUACUUUUACAUUUAAAAGUGAGAAAAAUGAUAUUUAUUGCAUCCACGGUAGAUCUAUAGUCUAACUGUACAGAUAGCAAUACAACUUACAUUAGUUUCCGUAAAAAAGAUUAUGACUACAAAGAAAAUACUAAACCCAUCGUAGUCUAUUAUAGCCAACAUACCAGAUAAGUGGAAAAGAACUCUAAUUUCAGCCUUCGCGACCAGACAUCAAACGUGGAUUGCACUAGGAAAAUAAAUUGUCCUAUGUAUUAUACCAACACACAAACACUUUACACUGCUUUAAAAAAUGAAUGUUAUACAUUAAGUAGACAGUAGGAAAACUACUAAAUAAGACUGAAAAUCUUGUAAUUUUUGUCUAUGAGUGAAAGAACAGAUAGACAAGAGAUUAGCAAGAGGAAAGGAAUGACCAAUAGUGAAGCGUGUACAGCCAAAAGUGAUGAAAGUGUUAACAAACUAUUCGAUUGUCCUACAAUAGCAUGUUCCAGUUGUACAAUAAAAGAAAAACUAAAAAAUGUCAAUUUCCAUACAAGCAUGUUGAACAUAUGGGACAAUCAUCGACGAUAAAGAAAAGCUGAGAGAAUUGUAGCUUGUAGUUGCAGGUAUGUUCGUGGAGUAGAAUUUUGCGAAUCGCACAAAGAGAUCCAACAACCGUAAGAUUAUCGCAAAACUGCUCUACAGAGGUAACAAACUGUGAAUAAAAAUCAUUUGUUUAUACCAUUUGAAAAUGUCGAAAUAUACACUAAAUCACUCAA